AUGGCUUUGACUCUGUUGAUUUUAGACUCCAGUCACUUGGAGCUGUCGAUUUUCCUGAGAUCCUUUGCCCAGUUGGAGCUGUUGAUCUCCAUUUUCGGCUUAUGUUUAGCACGACUGGAAUCGGUUUCCUCACCAUUCCUGCUGGACUUUGCUCAUGUUGGUUCCUUCGCUUCAGCCCAGAGUUCUGUCUGUUCGGAAGCCCUUCUGAUGAUCGCGGACUUUGGCCAUUUCGAUGUCUUCCUGUCCAUUCGUUCUUCCACUCGCUUGGACUUCAUCUUGCCGCCAUGUGGUUUGAUGAGUUCUGGUUCCAGCAGUUCACUAUCAGCCAUUGGUGCCACGCAGCUAGAGUCACCGACAUCCUUGCGAUCAUUUGCAUGUUUGGAAUUCUUCCUGCCAGCAUCGGGUGUGCAGCACUCAGAGUCUUCGCUGUCUUUGCGCUCUUCUUCCAAGCCAGGAGUCGCAUCCUUGAUAUUGGGAAGCGCAUGUCCAGAGUCCUUUCCUCCCGCCUUGGCUCUGGCCCACUUCGAUGCCUCCGUGGCUCCUCGCGGCUUCGCUCGCUCAGAGUUGGCGUCGCUGGUGCUGGACUUCGCGAAGUUGGCGCCUUGGGUCGUAGACUUCAUCUUGCCAUCACACUCUGCUGGGCGCUUGGAAUCGUCCAUCUUCAUCUGUGGUGCUGCGAAAUUGGAGCCAUCGAUGUCGAUUUCAAGUUGGACGGCGCUGGGUUUUUCGUCGUCCCUCCGCAGCUCCGCCCGCUGCGGCUCGCCCUCGUCGGCCUCGGACGCCGCCCAGUUGGAGUUGCCGCCGUCGCUGCAGCAGCCGCUAUGCUUGGGAUCCACGGCGUUGCUGCUGGGCCCAUCACGCGUGAGUUCCGUUUCCUCGCCAUCUGCCCUGGACGUCGCUCGCCUGGGCGCCUCCGCGUCGCUGCGGAGCCUCGCGCGUCUGGAGCCGCUGCUGUCGCUGUUGGACGUGGCGUACCUGGAGGUCUUCGAUUUGGUUCACUCGGACUUCACCGUGUCCCUCCACAGCUCCAGUUGCCCCGAGCCAUCACCUCCAGCCUGGGACGUCGCGUGCUCGGGCGCCUCAGCGUCGCUGCGGAGUUUGGCGCGGCCGGGCUUUGUGAUGGCACUGAUGGGGGCUGCGAGAUUGGACUCUUCCCUUCUCAUCCUGGACCUCACUGGAUACGGAUCCUCACCACCUUUGCACAGCUCAGCACGGCUGGGCUCGGCUUCCUCUUUGUGCGGCGGUCGCUUGGGUGCCUCGCUGCCGGCGCUGGAUGUGGUGAGCUCGGAGCUGUCGCUGUUCCUGCGGGGCGCAGCCAGGAUGGAGCCGAGUUUGUUGGUGCUGAGCCAUGUGCAGAUGGAGACCUUGAUGAUUUUGAGAGGAUUUUUCAGGUUGGAUGCAGCCACAUCCACAUCAGCACCUCUUCGCCUGGAUGUUCUGCCUCCAAUUUUAGAGGUGAGUCAUUUGGAAGCGUCAGCUUUGUUGCAAUCUUUCCUGCAGUUGGAUUUUUUGCUGCCACCUGCUGGUGCUGUUUGGUUGGACCUCUCCUUUUUGGUCUUGGAUUUGGUGCAGCUGGACCCUGCAACACCGGUAAAAAGUUUGGUGUGAUCCGAGUCAAUGUCUUUGAUGUUCGGACUUGGGCGAUUGGAGUUUAG